CUCUAUCUCAAAUCAACCAAAAAACAUAACUUCGUGGUAGGUUAAUUUGAGAAUGUUUUGCAGAGAUAGGGACCAAUUUAAAACUCUUUUAAUUCUUAAUUAACCUACACUUUUCCAAAAACACCAGUAUAUCCUUGUGUUUGCACAUCGUACUUCAUACUUUUGCCGUAGAAACCAAAAACUGUCCGGAAAACGCAGACUUGCCGGCGGAGUUGGUCCAUCCAGUCCAGAUAAUAGCCUGCCAUUGGAUUUAAAUUGCAAGGAUUCAAUGGGUACUGAAUUUGAGACAAUUGAGGGUCGAAUAACAUCUAUGCUUUCACAGCUCCAAUGUGAGUGUGGCAUCCUUGAAAGAUUGGUAUACAAGAAUAAGAACCAGCACCGCCGCUGUUCCUAUUUCCAGCAUCUUAUGAAGGUGAGGAGGGAUUUAAGGCUUCUGCAGUUGACAAACUUGGAGGAGCUUGUAAGAUCGUGUUUCUCUGUUAUCAAAGAAGAUAGACCAAAACAGAAGAUUCAUCUUUUAGAGAGCUUGAAAAGGAGAAAAUGCAAUGAUGAAAAGCGAAACUUUUUGGACCGUCUUUUAGGAUCUGCACGACUACUAGAAGAGAUGGUUGAACCAAUGCUGAAGGCUGCAACCGAGAUAUCUGUAUUGUUUGCUCGAUCCUUUUUUAUGGGACUUUCUGUGACAAUUAUGGCUUUGCUAGCACGUCUACGAGUUUUGGUUCAACAAAUAUUACUUGACAUUGUUGAUUUGUUCAAUAUGGUUUCUUCCCUGUCUAAAAAGAAGCAAUCAAUAAAAAUAACUCAUGAGGGAAUAGAGGUUUUUAGAGAAUUCUACCCUGCUAGUGAUGACGUUGAGUAUGUUACAUUAGAGUGUGUCUGGAAAUCAGAUAAGUUUAUAUUACAUGAGAGGAAGCAUAAAAAGGAGAAUGAAAGUCAAGGUGAGGACUCUGGUGGAAAUCUUUCUGUUCAAGCAUCAGGUGUCAACUAUGACACUAUCGAGUCUAUUCUUGGGGAUGACCAACGUGACUCGGAAACAGGUGAAGCAGAUGCUGCAGCUAAAGAGGAUCCCCCUCGUGUCAAGGAUACAAAUACUGAUUUGUUGACAAUCCCGUCGCAACUCGAUGAUUUUAUGGAGACUGUGUUUGGUAGUGAGGAAGGAGGAGAAAAUCUUUCUACGACAAAAGCCUCUUUCCGUGAAUCUUCACCAGAGGGUGACUUGCAUGCAUUAUCACAGUCUUCAACCAGUAGCAAACUUCAUUCCGGUUCGAAAAAGGUGGCAUUUCUCUCGAUAAAGAAUCCUACUUUAGUGCCACAAAGUGUACAAAGUAGUAUUUCUGUGUUAACUAGCAAUGCUAAGCCUAAGUCAUUCCAUUUCAUGGGAAAUGAAAGUGAUCAAACAAAAGAUGAAAAAGAGGAUUCACUUGCAAGCAUACUUACUAAUGUAAAAGCAAAGGAUAGUCUUUUUUAAGCGCUGAUAUUUUCAAAUGCAAGAACAUUGAAAAUGUCUCAAUUUUUUUGUUAUGAAUCUUUUGGUGGUACUGUUACAGUAGGAAAAGUUGAUUUAUUAUGAAAGGCAUCACAUUGUCCCUGAAGAAUGAAUUGACUUUUGAUGAACAGAAGAAAACUUGGUUAUGGUAUCAUUCUCCAUUCAAUAGCUUGAAUUUUGUAUAUUAUAUCAAAUCUAGAUGAUCUUCAUAUGAUAUUUACAAUACCUAGAACUUUGUUAAAAGGAAAAAA